ACUAAUAACAAGAUGGCGAUCAUACCUGCAACUUGGGACAUGUACGAUCUGAUUCAAGGGGUCUUACAGGUAAUGAGUGUAGUAAUUUUUAAAAAAAAUUGUUAUAUUUUCUUUUAAUAGUUCUAUUGAUCCAAAUAUUUCGUAUUAUCUCUAAAUUGUUUUAUUUUUUGUCAAAAGGAUUGUACUUCAAGGCAAUUAUCGCGAUUCAUGUCAACAAAUUAUAUAAAAAUUAUUGAAUUAUUUAUAAUUAUUGAAACCUGUUGCUGAGAGCGUUGCUUGGAUUCAUUGCCAUUUAUCUAAGUCAACAACGUAUUUCCGCUUAAAAGAAAAUUAGAAUGGAUCCCUAUCAAUUAUGAAGUUAUGGUUUUUCAAGUCUUUUGAGACAGAGGGGCUCAGACUCAUUCAGAUUCAGAGUAUUUUUCACAAGCCCACCACUAAUAAUAAUUAAAUUAACUUAGUGACACUGGGCAAACAAAAUGUAGGCCUAUACAAAAUAUAGUAAUUACUCUACAAAUAUAUAUAUCUACUACCUCCAGUAAUAUAGAUUAAUUAUUAUUGGAGGACAUUGAAUUAAUUAACUCAUCAUUACAAUCUUUAACUUUAUGAAUCAAAGUAAAACGGAUUUGUUAAUUGUAAGCUGUUCUGUAGUUAACUGGAGGAAAUAAUUUAAGUUGAAAGUUAAUAUAUUCUUGGAAAUGUCUACAAAAAUGAGAAAAAGUAACUGAUUGAUUUUGAGUUGGCCGUAGCGGUAAGGCUGGUAUUGUGUUCCAUGUUAUAUAGAGGUCAUGGAGGUUUCCCCCAGUCAACUUCCAUCUAUAGGUCCAUAUUUAAAAAAUUUAGAUUUUUUGAUUUGCGUUUAUUUGAUGCAAUUUUUUUUUCUACUUUUCUAUCUUUGUCUUGAAAGUGUGGGGAAGUGUUCUCACCGCCUCAAAAAGUUAUGGUAAAAUUUCAGUUUAUAUGGCACUUGGACAUGAUAGAAAUGAAUAGCUUAUGGCAUAUGAUCGGUUCUUUGAUUUUCAACCAAACAAAAGAAAGCACAUCUUUUUUUUCCCCCACAGGUUUUCAUCUUGUGGUAUCAGCAAGGAUGCGUUUCUUUUUUCAUUUGUUUUGAACCUUGUUAUUUUAAUUUUACUGAAAAUGAAUUGAAAAUUUCAUUUUAAUAUACUUCACUUUAACUGUAUCAAUCGUCAGAUUUAGUUUAUGAAGUGAGUAAUACUCAGGAAAGAAAAGUUAUCAAAUGCAUCAUUCCAGUCCAACAUUGGUCUGUGGUCUAUUAACUCUAAGUCCAGUGUUGGGAUUCCCCAAUGUGACAUCAAUGUAGUUAGAAUGAGUCUACUCUUAGCAAAACCCAUAUGGCUAAUCCAAAAUUUAUCAAAUAAUUGAACUAGAUUGUAAUAUUACAACAGCAAGUGAUAAUAAUUUUCAAAGCAAUUAUCAUUCAACAUCACUAAAUGUGAUACUCAUUUUAAACAUUGACUUAAAAAGCAGAUUCAGACCUGCCAACCCUUCCGAUUUUGUCGGAAUUAUACAGAUUUUUUACCCCUCAUUCCGACCUUCCGACAAACCCCUUGAAUUUCUGAUUUUUCUAACUUUAUAAUUUUUCACCCGUCAAAAAAAUCCGAAAGCGAAAAUCCGAAAUAAAACCGGGUACGACAGAAAGUGUUGCAUUUGUUUUUAUGAAGUGUCUACAUGUUCAGUGACCAAACGAAUAACUGAAUAAAUUCUCUCGGUACUUCAUUUCAACAAAUUUAAGAUAGUCUGGGCAUUUACAUAAAAAGAAAUAUUUUCAAUUAUAAAAAAGAAAUAAUAGAACCAUAUAAAAUGAACAAUUGGUUAACUCAUUCCCUCCUGCAAUGCUACUUCCGUAUUUAAUUUAUUUGCCUGAGAAAGGGAAGUAACCCUGUUUUGAAAUUGUUUACAUUUUUAAAAUAUUUAUUUAAGCUACUAAAUAUUAUUUAAUGUUAACGAAUUAAGAACAAAUGCAACAAAAAAUUAAUAAGGUUUAAUAUAAAUAUAACAUUAGCGGGGGAAAAAUAACGAGCAAUGACCAAAAAAUCGAUUUUCGGCACCUCGGACGAACACAUGCUACAUAUAGACGCGCCGUAUUAAUGCACACGUAGUUUUAAAGUGAAACUAGAUAAAAACUUCCGGUUUUUAAAUUAAAAUCACGCUGAACCACGCCAUCGCUGGAAGUCUCGAGGGUUGCAAGAUUUCAUUGCUAUUUUUCAAUAGAUAUGAGAGAGGUGUGUUGCUAUGCGCCGGGACGCAUUUGGACGCAUCCGGCGAAACCCAUAAAAGAGGCAUUUAGUCGCAAACGUCGUGAAUGAGUUAAAAAAUGACAAUGUUUUUAUAUAAAGCGUGGCACGCCCACCGGAUUAAUUUCUCCCGCACUAUUUGUCCAGUCGCCUAACAUAUAGACACUGCCUUGAUUUUAUCGAAGCGAACCGCGAUCUUCAAAUCAUUCUCCAAUCAUCAAUUGAUCCGAUCGCGAUUCAACCUUUUUACAAGGCUAAAAAAUAAUUCAGACUUUUUUUUUUUGUUAAAGCUUUUCUUAAUUAAAUGGUUAAAUCUAUUGAAAGUGGUGGGUACAAUGAUAGUAAUAAACAUUGAAGGAAAUAUUUCUCUAGCCCGAUCGUUUUAAUUUUGAUGCCAGAGUCAAAAAAAUGUUUCCAGACUUACAGAAUGCUAGAAGAGUGUAAAGAAAAAUUACAAUGAAACGAGGGCAAGCAUGAAAGUUUAUACUUUUUCUAACUUGCUUGUAACUAAAAUCAACGCAAUGCUAACCUUCAGUUGUCCAAAGAGCUAUUGGACAAGUGCAAAAAGGCCACUAUCACUAGGGAUAUGCUCGAAUACCGAACUCUUACAAAAAGAGUCUUAGCAGCCUGUGUGUGUGUACAUAUGUAAAUAAAAUGGAUCUUCUGUUCUGUACUGUAUAUAUCUGUAUAUAAAAAUUUCCAGUAAUGUUCACCUCAUAUUCGGUGGUGUUUUAUGGACCCUUCAAAGACAAUGGAGGUAACUUUAUAUUUCUUUAUUUCAUAAAAAAGGCAUGUGCAUUAGUAUAUAGAUCUUAAACCAACCCCACCCCCACGGGACGCCUCUCCUGGGGGGCAGCGGCCCCACUUCCCCCCCUGCAUGCAAUCCACUACAGAUUCUUUUUUCUUGGCAGGUCUGCAGAUUUAAACAAAAUUAAGUUAUUCUAAUUUUUUAAAAUAAUAUUAUAUUUGUUUUUAUUUGUGGUAAGUAUUUUAACAAUAUUUAUUAUUAAUGCAAGUGUGAUUUAAGCUGUGAGUAGCUUCUAACCUCAGUGAAUUAUUUUCAUGCUUCUAUAAGCUGAUUGUGGUAGGGACUUUUAAAGUCAGUUUUUUUAGUUACGUUUUUUAAAGGGUAGAUCUAUAUUUUCCUCUCUAGUAGUGAAAUUCUGUUGAGUAUUAUAUUAGAAUUGAUUUUAAAAAAUGUUCUUUUUUUUUUCUUCAGGCCCCUUGGUAUCAUAUUGUAUUUGAAGUCGCCCUGGUUUUUCUUAUCUUAAAGAUAUAUAUAUCACAAAGUUUUACGCCUGAUAAAACAUUACUCACAGAGAAGGUUUGCAUUUACAUUGAUUUUUACACAGACGUUUUUGUUAAAAAAUGAUUUCAUUAAUUUUACUUUUUAUAUCUUUAAAAAAAAAAUUAUAGCAACAAUACAAUGCAUUUUCUUAAUAUAAUUUUUAAACAGCUGCCCUACUGAAGUUUUAAUAAAUUAAUGAAACAAAUAUUUUUUUCUAUUUAAUUAAAAAAAACUUUUAUCAAAUAUUACACAUCUUUUACAUUAUAUUUAAUAUGUUUAAUGUUGGAAAUUGAUACAUCAUUGUUAAAAUUCUUUUAACAUUUAAUUAGGAAAAAGAUAUACUUGUGGAAGAGUGGCAGCCAGAACCUUUGGCUCCAGAUGUACCUGAUGAUCAUCCUAUACUGCAGUCAAUGGAAAAAUAUUGCAUAGAAGGGUUAGUUUAAAAAAGUAAAUUACGAACACAUUAUUUUAUUAGAGAAUGCCUAUUGUAAGAUUAUACUCUGGUAAUAUAAAAAGUUUUGUUUUAAGAUACGUGUCACUGCAAGCAGGGCCUGAUCUGAGUAAAAUGAAUGUUAAGGUAGAGGUUUUUGCAAAAUUACCUUAAACUACCCUUAUCAAAUUAUAAAUUGAAACUAUUUUAAAAAGAGUUAUUCUAAAAAAAAAAAAUUGUUUUGUAGAAUACCUAGAUUUGGUCUCUAUAACAAUCGAACACAGUUAAGUCGACGGCCUCAGGGUUUGCCAAAAAGCGUCGAGAUAACCGAUGAUCGAGAUGAACAAAAACCAAAAUGGCGGCAAUAUAUUAACAUGUGCUUUAAAUUUCUUUAUGUACAUGAUGUGUGUUUAUAAAUGAGAAUGUGCAUGCACAUGUUUUUGGAUUUUAAAAAAAAGUUUUUUUUAAAGAUAACGGCAUUACCCCGAUUUGUUUGAUGAAUUGAUCGGCGUGCGAUAAAAAUGUACAUACUUGUUUGCUAACAACACAAGGCAUAUAUGGGGUGCCACUUUUCCGGAUUAUCCCGGAAUUCUGGAUGUGUGAGACUAAAAAUUGUUCAGCUCCGGAUUCUCGAGUUUUUAUUUUCUUUCGCUCCGGAUUCGCCAGUUCAAUUAACUCAAAUACGGAUUCUGGGUUUUAAAAAAAAUUAACAUGUAAGAACGCGUGAAAACCUAUUAAGCGACAAGCGGUUUCGCUACAAAUAGAACAGGUACCGCGACCUCUCUCUUUUGUCUGCAAGUGCAAGCCUCUCUCUCCUUGCUUCUUCUCGCUGUGUCAAGUUAAUUUAGCGCAAUGAUAUUUUCCUUUCAUUUAAAUUACUAGUUUGAAGUAGGCACGUUUCUGUUAUCUCGACGCCGGUUCCACUUCCAAAACAUGGACAUAACAGGCUUGGCGAGUUAAACGAGGUCGAGAUAAGUGGGUUCAACUGUACAUAUUUAGAAAUAUUGAUCUGUCUGGCUUAAUAUGCCAAGUGAUAAAAAUAUUUUAUUUCUUAAUUUUUUUUUAAUGGAAAAUAUUAAACAUUUUAGGACCAUUCACAAAAGUGUUUUAACUUAAUAAAUAAUAAAAUAAUUUUUAAUAAUUUCAUAUCUAUAUUGUUUGUUGUUUUUUUAUUUGGAGCUGAAUAUAUUUUUUGAGGUACCCAGCUUUGAUUAACAGAGAUUAAAAUCGUUAAAGUGCAUACUGGUUAAAAUCAGGGUCAAUAUCAACCAGCUCACAAUCAUAUUUAAAAAAAUUGUUUGAAGACUGGCAGUGAAAUGUAGUAUGUAUAUAUCAUCACUUCAUCUGGUUAUGGUUGACCAUGCAGGGUUGACAGGAAUAUGACAUACUUUGCUCUAUUGCCUUCUUCUUUGCCUGUUCAACUCCUAGUACUUAACAAUUUCUGUCGAAUCUUAACUUAUUUAAGUUUUACUUUCUCAUCUCUGCUGCCACCUAAAUUUCUCCAUCUCAUGCAUGGUGCCAGUUGCCAACCAGGGUGUUUUCCUCAGCAAAAAGGAAGUAGUCUUUUGGGUUCGACUGUCAAUUAAUAUUCCCCCUCUUAGGGCCUUCCUUCCCAGACGAUAGCGUGCAUGGAGUAAAAAUAUUAGACCCUUUAUUUUAUUUUCAACUGACAUGGAUUUGACAGCGGUAAUGGGCAGUAACAACAGGGUUAGCUCAGCACCAAAUUUUCUAGUAAUCAAAUUAUGUUAAAAAUUUUAACCUUUUAUUUACUUUUCCAGGCAGAAUGGCAAAUACAUAAAAGUUAACGGGAAGCUUUGUAUAAAUAUGGCAACCUUUAACUUUCUUGGAAUGGUUGGAAAAAAAGAAUUAGAGGUAUAGUUUAUAAUUUUACUUAGUUAUGUGUGAGGAUUUUCUCUUUUCUCAUGAAAUAUUUAUUGCAUUUUGGCAGCUGUCAAAGGCAAAACUUUUAAUUUUUAAUUUUUUUUAUUUUUAAGGACAUAUUUAUUAAAUGGUUAGUUAUGUGAAAUUAUUUUUGUAAUGUGAUUCACCAUACUCUAUUGUUUAAGGAGAGAGCAGUGAAAGCUUUGAGAGUUUAUGGUGUUGGAUCGUGUGGUCCAAGAGGCUUUUAUGGAACCAUGGGUAAUCAUUAUUUUCAAUUGAAUAAACUGAAUUUUAUUAUCAAAUUUUUAUGUCCUGUUAGUAAUAGCAUAAAUCUCUUUAUCUGUGCUCAGCUAUUCAGUUUCUAAAGCUUUGCAAAAUAGAUAACGUUACUAAUCUAAUCUCUUGAGGAAAACAGCAGACCGUUGAGCCAGAGCUCAUCAGGUCUUCCCCGACAUAACCCCUCUUUCCCCCGACCCCAACAGCGCUAACUAGAAGGGUUUGCGAAGCCAUACGCCGGAGGCACUCCGCUGCUGAGACCGCUUCCCCACCUCCACUUUAUUGACCACGCGAGAGAGAGGCAGCAUGAACAAAGGAAACCUGGUCGGCUGGUGCUCUCGCAGCACCUGGAGUCGAACUUUGUAGGGGCUGGGCUGGAUGUAUUUUAACGUCCCUAAAGCACCCCUUCCCAUCCUGGGGUGGCAUCAGACGCCCUCUAAGAGGGAUUUAUACACAUGGUUUCUACUUUGUGAUAUAGUCACAUUGUAGGUAGCUGGGAUGAAAUGGUUGCUUAGGAACAGUCCCCUCACAGAUUGUAUGAUAGAAUCAUUGGCAUGGGUUGCCACAACAUGCCUAUGCCUCAUAUCCAUUAACGGCAACAUGUAAUCAUAUCCCAACCUUUUUCUGGAUUUAUUUUCAACUGGACUGGGUAGAAACCAUGCUCUUUCUGGCACAGAUUUCAUGCAAGACCUUUAUCUCUCAUGCGGAUGUCCCCUACAUGGUGAUAUUGUGCCCCAGUUAGUACCAGGGGGUUGGUGGCAGUGCCUCUUAAUCGGCAUGUCAUAAUGGGACAGAAAUGCAGACUAGAGCCCCUGGUAGAAAACAUAACUGUAUAAAUCUAAAUGUACAUGUGUUACCUUUUUGUUCACAAUAAAAAAAAAUAUUUAUACUUAUUGGAUGCUUGCUAUUUCAUAGUUUAUUUUGCCUUGGUCCUAUACAAACAAGUUUUAAAAAAUUAAAAUAAAUUGGCUAUUUAUACCUGCAGCAUUCUGAUUAGUGAAAUGUUUCUACCUCACUAUUUAGAUGUACAUUUAGAGUUGGAGGAUGAACUUGCAAAAUUCAUGAACUGUGAAGAAGCCAUUUUGUAUUCUUAUGGCUUUGCAACAAUAGCCAGUGCUAUUCCCGCAUACUCCAAAAGGGGAGAUAUUAUAUUUGCGUAAGUUAUAACAAAUGCCUGCUGUUUUUCUAUUGUCUUUAUGAGGUGAUUAGUAGAGCAAACAUAAAACAUAAGUAUUUGAAAAGAUUUGGUAUUAGAACUUAUUCAUUCCUUGUUACAUCCUUGAUUCUCAUUAAGGUGACAUCUUACAGUAUCAAGACUGCUGUCUCAAAGUAUAUAUGUUUUUAAAUUUAAAAAAAGUCAGCUAGGUUCUUUUCUGAAAAGAAAAAAAAAAUGUUGGAUUAAAUUGAUCCAUGUUGGUAGUUUGCAGAUUUACGAUUCUAAGAUGAUAUUUAUCAUUACCUAUGGUUGGUACUUUUAGCCAGACCAGUUUACCCUCAAACUCUUAAAAUCGUACAAUAUCAUGACAAAUUCGUUCAAUACCGGUACAUUAUAUUUAUAGUAAAAAAUAAGCAUACAAUAUAUACAAUCUAUACACCUCAAAAUCAUACAUUGUACGCCAAAAUCGUAAGAGUAAACAGGUCUGUUUUAGCUAUAAGACUAUAUUUAUUAGUAAUUGUAUUUUUACAAGUUUACUCAAUUAUAUUAAUUGUAUUUCAGGGAUGAAAAUGUUGGAUUCGCCAUCCAGAAAGGACUGAUUGCUUCUCGCAGCCACAUAAAGUGGUUCAGACACAAUGAUAUGGAGCAUCUAGAGUCCUUGCUCAUUGAACAAAGCAAGGUUGAUAAAAAGGUAUUUUUCAGUGUUGUGAUUGACAUUUGGUGCUUUGUUUUGAUUUAUUCCAGUAGUGUCAACAGUUUGCACAAUAUAUUUUUUAAGUCUUAAAUUAUUUUCACAUUAACCCAUGAGACCGUGGGUAUGUUUUUAAAAAAAUGAUUCAAUUGUACUUGUUUAAUUUGUAGAAUCCUAAAAAGGCUAAAGUAACAAGACGUUUCAUUGUUGUGGAAGGGCUUUACCUUAACACUGGUAAAAUAUGCCCCUUGCCUAAACUGGUAAGUCUCUGUGUCAUUACCUAAUUCCUUUCUUUAAGACAACUAUCAUUAGAUAAUUGUAUAAAAAUCAGCAUUGUUUCUGUAUUGUAUUUAAUAUCUUAUAAUGCCCUCGUGAAUAGGUUGAGCUCAAAUGGAAGUACAAAGUCCGUAUCUUUUUGGAGGAGACAAUGUCAUUUGGUGUUUUGGGUGACACUGGCCGGGGAGUCACAGAGCAUUUUGACAUUAACCCAGAUCAAAUAGACCUUAUUGCUGGAUCUCUGGAGAAUGCCAUUGCAUCUGUUGGAGGAUUUUGUUGUGGCAAAAAAUUCAUUAUUGACCACCAGGUAAGAGUUAUUCCUUUGGAGAAUUCAUUUUCUUGAUUGACCCCUGAAGGCUAUGUUAAGUAAAAAGAAAAGAUUUGGACUGUGAUGUAGCUCAAAAGACACAUGUUUUGUGUAUAGUAGACUAAUUUAUAAUAAAACAAAUUUGUUCAUACACAUAAUCUGGGUCUUUAAAAAAAAAACUCGCGAAGAAAAAAUGUUAACAAUGGUUUGGUCUUUUGUAUUGAUUCCAUGAGAUGUAACUUGCAAAAAAUACCAUUCCUAUUUUAUAUUUGGAUACCUUAUAUUACAGAGAUUGUCUGGCCUAGGUUACUGCUUUUCAGCAUCACAGCCUCCAAUGUUGGCAGCAGCUGCAAUAGAGUCAUUACAUAUUCUUAAAGAGCAGCCACGUAAGUAAAUUUAAUCACUCAAUUUAUUCCUUCGGUCUAUUUUUAAAUAACGUCAUAAAGUAAAUGAUUGGUGACAAUGAAGGCUGCACUUAUUAGUUUUUUUUUGUUUUUUUAAUAAUCUGAAUGUGAACAUAAUAAUCUGAAUGUGAACAGAGGCCAAUAACUAUCUGAAUGGAGAGCAUAAAUAAACGUUGGACACAAGUUUUGUCUAUUAAGUCCGAAAGAAGUGUCAAAGUAAGAUUUAAUUAUUAUUUAUUUUUUUAAACUUUAGGCUUGCUGGUUGAUCUAAGAGAAAAUUGUGAAAAAGUUCAUGAGAAGUUAAGCAAGUAAGUAUAUUUUAGGCUUCAUUAAAUAUACUUUUAUAGAUCUUUGGUUAUGGAACAAAAGUUCAAGACUUUAUAUAAUUGUGAAAGUCUCUCUUCUAUCCACCUGCUUCCCUAAUUGUAGAAUCGGAAAUUCAAAAUACUUUAUUCGGUGUAUGUGAUUGCUUACUUCCGAUUAUUAUAGUAUUGCAAUAGUACACAACCCAAUUAAAAAAUGGCUCCUAAAUUGGAAAUCAAACAUAAAAAGUAUCUAAUAAAAGUUUAACAAGUUCAACCAUUUUAUUAUUUUUUUAUGUCUAAGUUUUUCUAUAUAUCAUGGAGAAAUAACAAGUUAUGUUAUAUUAAGAAGAAUCUGCCCCCAAAUUUUGUAUUUUUAGAAUCGGUAAUUUAAAACCCACCAAAUGUUACAAGGAUUAAAUUCUUUAAAUUUGGUUCAAGUUGGAAUCUUAGAAACAAUUGGAAAUGUCAAUUUUAUAUCUUCUCCUCACAAAAACAUAGCCAUGAGCUUUUUCAACUAAUAAAAAAUUAGCGCUGGCUAAACUAAAAAAUAAUAUUGAUAUCCAAGGAUACUUUCAGAGGGAAACCCAUGACCCACAACCAAAUAGGCACUCUCGACAACUGGCCCUUUCAGUAUAUUGCAUAUGCUGAUGACAGCACUGAUAGGGAAAAGUAGUAAAGAUAUAUCAAAAGCUUUUAUGGAAUUAAAAGUCUCAUCAUUACACGCAGGACUGGAAGUUAACAACCCAAAUAACAAAAUAAAUGAUUAUCUUAAGAGAAGAACAGGCAGACUAAAAUUAGAAACUACGCUUUUGAAAAAGUGAACUAGUUCAAAUACCUAGAUCAUUAUUUAAUGAAAGAAAUGAAUUACUUACAGAAAUAAAAGAAAGAUUAUCAGCUGGAAACGGGGGGGGGGGUACUUCAGUUGUCAAAGAAAAUACUCAAAAGUGAAAACAUUGCAAGAAAAAAAACAAGGAAAACUAUAUAUAAAACUAAUCAGAGCUGUUGCAUCAUAUGCAAGUGAACCUUGAAUCCUAACAAAAACGUCAAAAAACCUCCAGAAAAUAUAUGGACCAACAAAGGAUGUGAGGAUCCCACACUAGAAGAAGAAAUUAAAUAAAAAAGGGAAUCCAAGCAUGGGAAAGAAAUGCAUCUGUUAGGUUUAAGUGGAAGGAUGUGGUGAGGCAGGCCAAAGCCCAAUGUGGGCUGUAGCGCCACAGGGAUGGAUUAAAUUUGGCUCAAAUUGGAAUCUUGGAAACAAUUAAAAAUGUACAUUUUCUAAAUUCUCCUCAUAAAAACAUAGCGAGGAGCUUUUAAGUAAUAAAAAUAAAAAAUUGGCGCUUGGUAAACUAAAAAAAAUCUACAUUGGUACAAAAAAACAAGGCUUUGGAAAAGCCCCAAAUAUCAUAUCUAAAACACAAGGAUAGGGACACAUUUUCAACGAGAUGGUGACGAUCAAAGAACAUGUUUACAUCUUACAGAAAAUAAAAGCUUAUGAACAAUCCUAUUAAUUAAAUGAUUUAAUUCAAGAUUCCAGGCUCACAAAACCUCAACAUUUUUCAUUGAAUAUUGCAUAGAAAAUAAUUAUUGUUUGUUUUCCAACCAAGCUUAUCCAGUAUCAAAAUUUUUGGUGAUGCAAUUUCACCUAUUAAGCACCUGUACUUGACAGAGCCGGCAUCUGACCGAGAAUUCGACUUAAGAACCUUAGAGAAUGUAGUUGAUUAUGUAAGUAAAGAGAGCGUUUUUUAUGACAUUUAUUUAUAUCUUUUCAGUUGCAUUACCUUUAUAAGUAACACAAUUAAUUUUUUUCAAGCUGAUUUUUUAUAAAAUUCUAUAGGCUGUAUGAGUUUACAAUCAACUUCCAUGUUUAUGUUCCGACUAUUAACCUGACAUAUUAACUAAAAAAUCAUUUGUUUCCCCCCAUCCAGGCAAUGAAUGAAGGUGUUGCUUUGACAGUUGCCCGUUACCUUGACCCAGAGGAAAACAACUUGAUGCCACCAAGGUAAGGCAAAACAUACAUUUAUUUCUACUAAUUAUUUGAAAAAUGGCACCUUUAAAGAUAGAAGAAUGUCAAAAAGUCUUUUAAAAUUAACAUUGCCUGGCAAAAAAAUAUACAAAUUGGGGAACUUUUGCUCAAAAAUGUAUUUCUUAAAUGAUGCUAGAGAGACAAUUUUAUUCCCCUGAUGUCAUCUCUCAGACCCAUUUCUGUUUUUAAUUUGAUGUAUAGUAACUUUUUCCCCCUUCAUUUUUUCUAUUACAUUUUUACUCACCAGUUUACACCCAAUUUAUUGUUUUAGCAUUCGUCUGACUGUAAACUGUGAUCUGACAGAUGAAGAGAUCAACAAAGUGGUGCAGGUUAUAUCCAGUGGUUUUAGAGAAGUCCUCAAGAAACUGAGGUAUAUUUUUCUUGACAAAGUACUGGACCUUGCAAAUAUGCUAAUGUUAACAAUAAGGGCUUGAGAUGUUCUUAUGCCUUGUCAUAUUAUCUUGACUCAUAAAUGGUGGGCAUCAUCAUCCAGAUCCAUUAGGGCAUGUGCCCAUGAAUGGUGGUGACAAGGGUUAGCUACAAUCUUCUCAUCUCGCAUCAAGUGGUCAUGGAACACGAAUGGAUGAGAUUUCUUCUGGCGACAACUUUCUGUCAAUGUACCCUACAAGCUGGGCACAGAAACCGAACAAUAAACCGGGGCACAAAAGAAAUCUGUCGGAACUAAAACAAAAUUCUUGUAAUUGGCAAUUGAAACUCAUAUAAACUGACAUUUUCUCUCAACGCUAUUUUAGCACUGGCAUGAAGCACUAAAAUGACUUCACUUUGUGCCAAUCCAUGUGAGGUUGAUAUCUUACUAAAAAUCUCUCUCUAACGCAGUGCUCUAAAUAUCCAAAUGGGCUACAGGAGAAUGAUUCAGUAGCCCAAGGGCCUCAAUGCAAUUCAUAAUUUUAUUAUUAAGCCUUGAACCUUAUUACAAUGAGAAAUAUGGUACAAAAAUAUCUUUGCAUGCUGCAUUAGAGAACUGGGGCUUUAAAUUGAGACCUCUUGCUCUAGUGCAGGGGUUCUCAACCUGUUUGACUCCCUGAGCCCUUUUUAGAAUCAAUAUCUUUGUGGAAGCUCCUUAGGCCUACCUUUUGUCUAACAAGUUAAUGGUUAUUUGAAAAUCCCGGGUCUCCUGAGUAUUUCACACAGAGCACAGGUUGGGUACCACAGCUUAAUCCUGCCAAUCUUUCAUGUCCGCCAAGCAUAUUUAACUAGUUUAUUUCCUAUCGUGCCAAAGCAAUGAAAAUUAAAUGUUUCAAAAUAGUUUUAAUUUCAUGCAAACGGCUUGUUGUUUUUUUUAGCUCACAUAUUAAACAAGUAUAUAUUUUUUUUCCCAACACAUUUUAUCCAAGAAUGAAGUUUUAUCCUCAAACUUAUUCUCUUUUUCAGUUCAGUUGACAUGUCCAGCCCAUUGGACUCUGUAGAACAAGGAGAUGGUGAGCAGAGAGCAUCAAGAUAAAUAGUUUCAUCUGUUACUGACCUUUUUCAUGUCAUUUCUGAAUGGAUUUUGUGUCUGGUUUUGAAUGGGCUUUUAAAAAAAACAAACCCUGCACCUGUUAAGUAAUUCAUAUUUUAUAUUAUUUUUAUAUUUUUAGGAGGAAAAAUAUCACUUUUGUUUAAUUGAAGUACGAAAUUAUAUUAUUAAAACUUGGGAACCUUAUAGUAACAUUCAAGUUUUAAGAACAUUUGGAAUUUUAUUAAUUUCUUACUUAAGUUAUCUGUUUUUUUUAAUGCACCUGAGUUAACAAAAGAGCAAUCGACAAAAAUAUCAAUUAUUUAUUCAGCUUUGUCAUCAGUAUAAUUUAUAAUUUAUGUUGAUUCUUGAAUGUGAUAGACCGGACAGUGCUGUGAGUUUAUCUGUAAAUAUUACAGAAGAGCUUUAGUGGAAAUUCUUGUGGGCUAAUAUUAACUGCUCCAUGCAUGAAAGUUCAAUGACAGCUUAUGUGAUUGAAAGGUUAUGGUGUGAGAACUUAAAAUUUUUAAAACACAUAAGACUUAGCUAAGUAAUGUUAAGUACUUUAUUUAUUUUGCUAUAUAUUUUUGUAAAUGUUUGAUUGAGAGACACUAUUUUAAAUUAAGGGAUCAAUAUUGCCUCACUUAUGUCCCCAUCUGGCUAUUAACGAUAUUUAAUCAGAUUAUUUGGUUUUUUAAAAAUGACCAAGAGAUUUCUGAAGUUUUUUGUUUUGAUCGCAAUGCUGUGUGAGUUUGAGAUCAUGGAUGAAUUUUUCCUCACUUGUCCAGCACGGUGGUCAGGGAAUAAGAUUUUUUACUGUCAUCCAACAAGAGUUUGUAUCAAAAUUCAUUGAGAAUGUAACAGAAGAGAAGUAAAAAUGGUAAGGGUCAUACCCACACAUUGAGAAGUAAAAAUGUUAAGGGUUAUACCCACACACAAGAUUCCCUAACAUAUUAAAUGUUUAUUGAUUUCCUUGAAUUUUUGGAAAUAUGUGAGAGAUGGGGAUGUCAAAAACUUGAUUGAGAAAGUCAUAUAAAUCUAUCUUCAUGAGAAAGUCAUAGAAAUCUAUCUUCAUGAGAAUGUCAUAUAAAUCUAUCUUCAUGAGAAUGUCAUAUAAAUCUAUCUUCAUGAGAAAGUCAUAUAAAUCUAUCUUCAUGAGAAUGUCAUAUAAAUCUAUCUUCAUGAGAAAGUCAUAUAAAUCUAUCUUCAUGAGAAAGUCAUAUAAAUCUAUCUUCAUGAGAA